AUGCUGCCAAUAACAUCAAGAGCACUGUUACGGGCGGCCCGCCGGACAGGCGUGUCAGCGUCACCUCUUUUGUCUUCGCCUUCUUCGGCCUCAAGAUCGUGCCCGCAAUGCGGUCUGUCAUCGGUCCCGGCUCGCCGUCUGGCGGCUGUUGUCAAUGACCCGGACUCUGUGUCUGGCUCUGCAUCUGCUUCCACACCACCGCCGCCGCCACCGCACUCUUCCAGCUCGAGUGAUGCGAAGCCGAAGCGCAAGCCGCUGACCCAAGAGCAGAAAGACUUCCUUUCCUCUGCACUCCGUGUGAACCAGACGGGCGAGCUGGCGGCCACACUCAUCUACGCCGCCCAGACGCCGGUGAUUGUGCGCCGGCACCCGCAUCUGCGGCCGCUGAUGAAGCACAUGCAUGACCAGGAGGUCGGCCACCUCAAGACGUUCAACAAGCUGAUUGCCAAGCAUCGCGUGCGGCCCACGGCGCUGUAUCCGGUCUGGUCGGCCCUGGCCACGGGCCUUGGCUGGUCGACGGCAAUGUUGGGCCGCGAGGCGGCUAUGGCGUGCACCGAGGCCGUGGAGACGGAGAUUGGCACACACUACAACGGCCAGAUCCGCGAGCUGCUGGAGAUGACGGACGCAUGGAAGGCAGAGGGCUACGAGGUGGGGCCGGAGCUGGAGGAGCUGACGUCGACGCUGCGCCGGAUCCGUGACGAGGAGUUGGAGCACUUGGACCAUGCCGUCGACAACGAUGCGCAAAAGGCCGAGCCGCACUGGCUGCUGACGGGCGUCAUCCGUCUGGGCUGUCGCAGCGCUAUCUGGGUCAGCGAGCGUGUGUAA